AUCCAUACUAAGAUGGACAGUAUUAAGCCUCAUGCUGUGUUUAUUCCAGUUCCAGCUCAAAGCCAUAUAAAGGCAAUGCUUAAACUAGCGAAAAUCCUCCAUCAUAGAGGCUUUCACAUUACCUUUGUCAACACAGAGUUCAAUCACAAGCGAUUUCUUAAGUCUCUAGGACCCAACUCCCUUGACGGCUUGCCUGAUUUUCGGUUCGAAGCCAUUCCAGAUGGGCUUCCAGAAUCGGAUGAAGAUGCCACCCAAGAUGUCGCUUUGCUUUGUGACUGUAUCAACAAAAAUUUCCUAGCUACUUUUUGUGCCCUUAUUAUGAAACUGAACAAUAGUACUAAUCCUCCUGUGAGUUGUAUAGUUUCAGAUGGUUUUAUGUCGACAUUCACCAUCACAGCUGCUGAAGAAUUUGGAGUUCCAGUAGCAUUGUUCUACACCAUUGCUGCUUGCAGCUUGAUGGGGUUUACACAAUAUCCCAGUUUGAUCGACAAAGGACUUGCACCACUUAAAGAUGAGAGCUGCUUCACCAAUGGGUUUUUAGACACGGUAAUAGACUGGAUUCCAGGAAUGAAAGAUAUUCGUUUAAGGGAUCUACCAUCCUUCUUUCGAACAACAAAUCCCGACGACAUCAUUUUUAACUACUUCAUCGAAGCAACAGGCCCAAGAAUUCAGAAGGCUUCAGCUAUUGUUCUCCAUACAUUUGAUGCAUUGGAACAAAAUGUUUUGGAUGCUCUCUCAUCUAGGCUUCCACUUGUUUAUGCCAUUGGACCUAUCCAAUUACUUCUGAAUCAGAUACCGCAAAACCCUCUGACUUCUAUGGGUUACAGUCUAUGGAAAGAAGAACCUGAGUGCCUUGAAUGGCUGAAGAACAGGGCACCAAAUUCAGUGAUUUAUGUGAAUUUUGGUAGCGUAGCGGUCUUGACACCAAAACAGCUAGUAGAGUUUGGUUGGGGACUUGCAAACAGCAAGUUUCCUUUCUUCUGGGUGAUAAGACCUGAUCUGGUUGUUGGCGAGUCGGCAAUUUUGCCACCUGAAUUUGUAGCUGAGAUCAAAGAUAGAGGGCUGCUAGCACAUUGGUGCCCACAAGAGCAAGUACUCAACCAUCCAUCCGUUGGAGGGUUUCUAACACACAGUGGCUGGAACUCAACCAUUGAGAGUUUGACGGCCGGAGUGCCUAUGUUGUGUUGGCCAUUCUUUGGUGACCAGCAAACAGAUUGUCACUUCAGUUGCAAGGAAUGGGGUGUUGGCAUGGAGAUCAGUAACGAUGUCAAGAGAGACGAAGUAGAGAAGCUUGUGAAAGAGUUAAUGGAGGGAGAGAAGGGCAAGAAAAUGAAAAACAAGGCCUUGAAUUGGAAAGAACUUGCUCAAGAAGCCACUGCUCCCCAUGGCACUUCAUCCAGAAACUUGGACACUUUAGUGAAUCAAGUGCUACUAAGGAAAAGCCAGAUGUAAUUUGGCAUGAGAAUAAUGUUCUCUUAUCUUAAUUUGCUGUUAAUUGGCUUGUAAGAUUGAUGUUUGGUAGUCUCAAUAAAGUUGUAUUGUUC